CCCAUCAUUCGAUCCAAAAGAAAGCCCAUAAAAUUGAAAGCCCAAAUCCGUCACAUGAUUAACAUUCGUCCAAAAGCUUGGGUUAGUUUUGUUCCGAGGCUUCAGGCCCAAUAAUUACGGCCCAGGAUUGCAUCCAAUUAACCAUAUCCGGUUCCACUAAAUGAAAGUAAGAAAUAAGUCCAAGUGUAUCGCAAAUCGCCGGUUGGCUCCUUUUCUCUCCAUUUCGCCAAUGAGGAAUCAGACAAAGAUGGCGAUCCUUGUGUUGGCAGUUUCUUGUUCGAACCGAUGCUUACAGCAGCUUUGUGAUACCUCCCCACUAGAUGCCAUGCCGGAUUCUACAACCAUUUCCAUGGCGUUCUCUUCUUUUUCUUCGACUCUUCCUCCUCGACUCCGCUGCCCCGCUGUCUCGUCCUUCUCGGCUCUGCUUUUGCCGCCUCCUCUCCUCCUCCCACAUUCAGCUCCGAUUCCGACAAAAUGAAGCCCCCCGCCGAUAAAUCAAUUCCUCCGGGACCGUAUGUCCGGACUCGAGAAGCUCCGGUGUUUCUCGGACUUCGGAAAGGCAACGACGCGCUGACGAGCGCUAGGGCUCGGUCUCCGACCCCGAAAUCCGAGAGUGGAAGCCGUAGUGGAAGCAGCUCCGGAAGUCCGCCGGCGAAUUCUCCUCGAUUUUCAUCGGAUGUUGCUAACCGAGUUCCGAUUCCAAGUGGUGGGAAAUUGGUUGCGGUGAGAAGCUCGACGGAGGAGGCUUCGGCCGCCGCUGCGGCGGAGGAUAUUGUUUUCGACAUCAAAACGGUUCGACGCUCCUCGUCGCGGAAGCUAUCAUCAGGUAGUAAGGAAACCGCUUCGUCUGGGCUCCCACGGUCUCGCUCUUACAUCGAUUCUAGCACCAGAAGCGAUCCAGGCAUUCAGCCCAAGCUCCCGAGCAAGGAAAACACUUCGUCUCGACUCUCCAGGUCGGCUUCCUACAAUCCGAGCGUCGAUUCAAGCGGUACAGAUGAUUCAGGUAGUGAAUCCAAGCGCCGUCCAAGCAAGGAACCCGCUUCUGCCGCCGGCAUCCCAAGGCCGCGUUCGUCCAAAUUGAGUGCCGAUGCGAGCAGCACAGACGACUCAGGGAAUGAAUCCAAGCGCCGGAGUAAGGAAACCACUUCCCCCGGACUCCCUAGGUCUCGUUCUCACAGCGUGAGCAGCGAGUUAAGAGGCAGCAGAAAUGAUUCAGGGAGUGAAUCUUCUUCGUCUGGAGUCCGAAGGUCUCGCUCGUACAAUUCGCCUGGCGGUUCAAGUGGCACCAACGAUUCACAGAAUGAAUCUAAGCCAUCUGCGGUGGAAGCAUCACGCGAUAAUCCUGGAAGAUCCUUUCAUCUCAGCGAAAGCAAGCCAAUCCCAUCAAAGCUUCCACUCCCUCAGUCAGCAGCAUCAUUCUACAAAGGCUUUUCCCCGCAGCUGUGCCAAGUAGUGGAGUCGUGUGAAAGUAUUAAGAGGGUGAAUCAGUACUUGAAAUCUAGGAAGGAUGAUGUUCGAGGUGGUGUGCCUGGGAAGUUCUUGCAGGCCGUAAUUGGCCAAGACAUGCCUGGUAUUGGAUCGAUUGCUUCAACUAUUCUGUAUGCCUUCUACUUGCACGAAACACUUGGGAAUGACCAAUUAUGUACUGUGCCUGUCAUCAAUAUGAAGAGGGCUGACUUAGCAUCUCACCCUGAAAUAAGCUGGUUGCUAGAUUCAUGCCAACUUGACGAGUCAUCAUUGAUUUUUGUGGAUGAGAUUGACCUGCAUUACUAUGAUCUUUUCGGGAGUCUUAAGGUUGUUCUGAUCGGCGGACACAAACUCGCUACAAAGCAAGAGGCACUAAAGGGAGCUGUGGUUGAAGUAUUUCAUUGCAGAAAGGCCGAGUCUUUGUACCCCGGGGUUCAGCUUGUAACUGGGUCUGAGAAUGACUCCUGCUGUACUGUGAUCGCGGAGAAGUUUGUUCUAUGGUCCCCAGAGACUUUAGCUGGGCUGGGGUUUAGCAGGCUUUUGCUAGCAGGCAUCCUGUUAGAUACUGGAAAUCUUUCCAAAGCACAAUGUAGCUCCAAAGACAAAUAUAUGGCCACCUUGUUGAUCAGUGGUGCUGGCCACUACGGGUUCAAUGGUCUUUACCAGAUAUUGAGACAGCAGAAGCACGAUGUGCCUCAUAAUCUGAAAGCAUUUGAAGUGCUGCAGAAGGAUUUCAAGAAGUGGGCUAGAGCUGCUAAAUUGGAUUCCAGCAGUUCAAAAUCAAUAGCUUCAAAUUUUGGGAUGAGUUCUACGGGCAUGACAAUCAAGCAACUUCUAACUCGUGAGGAUUUUUCAAUUGAAGCAAUCAAACACUUUCUAGAGUUCGAGAAACUUCGACUGCUAUUGGUUGUGUCUGGCUAUUACGAUUCACAAAAGAACUUCAAGCGGGAGAUACUAAUUGUUGCUGAGUCCGCGGAUGCAACCAAAAGUCUCUUGAAGUUCUUUGAUGCCAACGCUUCUGAACUGCCACUCAAACCUCUUCACUCUCUAGGGCUAAAGGAUGAGAUGAGGGCACUUGAAAUCGAAAAAAUCAUAUCUAGAAAGACCAUCGAGCAUCUGUUGGAUGAAUUUCUCGGGCCAUCAUAUUCAAGAUGUCAGUAAUAAUCUCUUGGCUGGCAAAUGGCAUUGUGAAGAGUUGAGUACAGUUUGUAUUUGAAAAUUAUUGAUGGAUUUAUGAUGACUGACCUGCUGUAAUGAUUCUCGUCUCGACGCUGUUUUUUUUCUCUCGAGUCGAGUAUCGUCUACUUACUCUUCUUCUUUCUUCCGUUUGGAUUGCCCCUCUUCUUAUUUCUUCUGUAUGUGUGUGUUGUCCAUUUCCUCGCCCUUGCGAAUUUAUUAGGCACUGAAUGUCAAUGUUCUUGUUAGAUAGAGUUUGCAAUGAAGGGGUUGAACCUCUGUGUGGUGUUUGCUUAGACGUUUCUUACAGAACUUACAUAUGUUGAAAGUUACAUCGUGUACUGCUUGUAAACCGAACUAGGUUUUCUGUCGAC